AUGGAAGGAGAGACUAUCAAGAUUAUGAACCAAGACCUUGUGAGGUUGGAUCGUUUUGAUGGUUUGAACUUCACUAGGUGGCAAGACAAGGUGAGAUUCCUUCUCACAGCACUCAAGAUUUUCUACAUUCUUGAUCCUACCUUGGCACCGUUACCGGAACCAAAGGAAAAUGACACACCUCAAGUGGUGGCAGCAAGGAAGAAGAGGGAGGAGGAUGAGCUCAUAUGUAGGGGUCAUAUUUUGAACGCCUUAUCCGAUAGGCUAUAUGAUCUCUACACCAACACCUAUUCCGUGAGGGAGAUUUGGGAGGCUCUUGAAAACAAGUACAAAGACGAGGAAGAAGGUACCAAAAAGUUUCUUAUUUCUCAAUACAUAGAUUUCAAAUUUUUUUAUGAAAAGCCUUUCUUACCACAAAUUCAUGAGUUGCAAGUAAUUGUGAAUAAGUUGAAAGUUCUCAAAAUUGAACUUUCGGAGGCCUUCCAAGUUGGUGCUAUUGUGGCUAAAUUACCAUCAAGUUGGAAAGGUUACCGGAAGAGGAUUCUCUACAAGAGUGAAGAUUACUCCUUGGAAGAGAUUUAA